AUGCCAACCACCAGUGGAGUGACAACAACGAUCUGCCAAACCACCAGUGAGUACAACCAACGAUCUGCCCAACCAAGUGGAGUGACAACAACCACGAUCUGCAACACCAGUGAAGUGACAACCAACGAUCUGCAACCACCAGUGGAUGGAGUGACAACAACCAAUGAUCUGCCAACCACCAGUGGAGUGACAACAACCACGAUCUGCCAAACCACCAGUGAAGUGACAACCAACCGAUCUGCCAACCACCAGUGGAACAACCAGUUCUGCCAAACCACCAGUGUGGAGUGCCAAGACAACCCAACGAUCUGCCAACGCCAGUCUCAACGAUCUGCCAACCACCAGUGGAGUGACAAACAACCAACGAUCUACCAACCACCAGUGGAAGUGACAACAACGACGAUCUGCCAACUACCAGUGAGUGACAACCAACGAUCUGCCAACCACCAGUGGAGUGACAACAACCAACGAUCUGCCAACCACCCAAUGAAUGAAGUGACAACCACAUCUAAUGCUACUACAAUAUCUGCUAAAACUGCAUCAUCCAAUACUAGUACAUUCACUAAUCCUACAACAAUCACUGAAACCACGUUGUCUGCUAAUAAUGCUUCAUUUAAUACGUCUGUGGUAUCUGCUGCUGUGUCUGGGGAAAUUUCCGUGUUUCCUGGAAGUACAACAUCUAGUGAUUCUAUAGGCUACACUGUCAAUACAACAUCUAAUUCUAACACAACUUUCACCACCAUUGCAGCCUCUGAUAUUACUGCAAUACCUACGGUCUUCACAGCAUCCAGUAACAAUAUAGUAUCUCCUCCCACAACAGUACCCAGUGUUAAUACUGUAUCAUCUGCUACUACAGCCUUUACUGCUAUUGUAGUGCCUGCUGACACCAUAGCAUCUACUACUAUCUCAUCUUCUGAAUCUGCUGCUUCAUUUAAAGGCACUGCAUCAUGUGCUGACGCAACAAAUGCUACAGCCACUACAAUAAGCAAUGCUACUAUAGGGUCUAUUACUGUUCCUACAACAGUGUCAACUAGUACUACUAUAUCUAAUGCUACAGGAGCAUUAACUACUAAUGAAAGUACAGUGCCACCCAAAUCUACCAUAGCAGCUGAUAUUGCAUGGAGAACAUCUAACAGAACUACUGCAAAUCUAAUAUCAAGUGCUGCCAUCACCACAACAGACAAUGCUAUUUCAGCAUCUGCUGAUAUUACCAAGUCUAUUGCCAUUGCUGCUACCAUAUCUAUUGACACCACAUCUAAUACUACUCCAGAGACAAACAACGUUACAGCAUCUACUGCCCCUACAGUAUUCAAUUCUACUUGUCCUUCCAGAUCCACUGCUACUGCCAUUACGACAUCCAAUGAUACAGCAGUAUCUACUAACACUAUAGUAUCCAAUUCAACAUCUGCUACAACAAUCAGUUAUUCUGGACCUACUAAGUCUGCUUCCACUAUAACAUUCAGUGGUACUGGUACUUACAAGUUCUACUGUUACUUCGACAUUCAAUUCUACUGUAGCAUCUACCAAGUCUUCAGCACUUCAGUACAAACGAUCAGUGAUACAAUAUCGAUAUUACAAAACUACUGCACUAGCAAUCAUACUACAUCUACUAGCCCUCAAGCAUCCAAUACUACCGAAGUGUUUACAGCCACUGCAGUAUCAAGCUCUACUUUGACAUAUGUCACAUCCAGUACUAUAGCAACAUCUACUGACAUUACAGGAUCCAAUGCUACAUCUGACAGAACAGGAUUUAAUGCUACAUCUAUCACUGCAGCCUCCUAUGCUACAGCAAUAUCUGCUGAUUUUGGAGAAUCUAAUGUUAAAGCAGCAUCUACUAUUCUACAGUUUCCAGUUCUCAUCAAGUGCAACAGGAUUUACCACAGUUACUACUGCCUCUACUGUCAAAAUGACAAUGGCAUUUACUGCCACUACAGCUGCUGGCGCAGCUUAGCAUCUAAUGUUGCAUUCACCGACUCUAAAGCAACUACUGAAAAUACAGCAUCAAAUGUCAUUGCCGAUUUUACCGAAACUACAUCUGUAACUACUACCGAAUCUGUAAUUGUAGCAUUUGAUAUUACCACAGACUCUGUUGAAACUACAGCAUCCAAAAAUUUAACUGAUGGAGUGCUUGAUGCGGUUGAGCUAACCAUCAAUGAAACGUCUAAAAACAAUGAACUAUCUUCUGCAGCCGAUUCGACUACAUUUAGAGAAGCGAACAACACCGCUGAAGUCCCUCCUACAGAUCUGGCCGAACUUUCUAUAUAG